AUGGUGGAGGAGAGCACAGGUAGCGGAGGGACGCUUAGGGGAGCCGAGGACGACCCAAGACUGCGUCAUGAUCACCUUGACGACUGUGGUAUAGCUGACCAUGGAGAGGAAGAAGUUGGGCCUCACAAGAAGUUACAGCAGAAGGCUCUGCAGCAACCUAAGCAGAAGAAAUCCAAGUCGGCUGAAUUUCUGAUGGGUGAAGGAGAGCGAGCUGCUGUGGCGGGCAUAGAAAACCCGGUGUUUGAUGGAGGAAGAAGCACCAACCUUUCUUUUCCUCUGGUUCAGCUGGGGAGAGAAAUUCAAGGUGACAGGCCAGAUAGCACUACUACAGCACACCAGAAAAAAACAGAGCUGCAAGCUCCUGCCAAAGAAAGAGGAAAUGAACGUGCCCAAAAUUACUUUGACCCAUUGUCGACAGGGCAGACACACCCAAGGCAGUGCAGGAUGGCUGGGGUCAGCACUGAAGAUGAGCUGGAAUUAACAAUAUUAAAUGCAGAUGAAAAUGGACUGCAUCAAAAAAUGGCUGCAUUACUGGAUGAGGACGAUACCGUCGUGGACAUUCCUGGUAUGCUGACAGCCUCCAGGGAUGAGGAAGUGUUGGAGGUGAAGGCGGGUGAUCCGGUGCUUCAGCAGCGACUGCUGCUCUAUGCUGGUGGUCAUUCCUUGAGCUCCAGGCCCUCUCAGGCCCACGCCAUUGCCAAAACCCAGGAUGAGGCUGGUGCUGUGCUAGGAGGAGAAGGGAGGAUGGUAAUGGGCAGAGAGAGCACUGUAAAAAUGAGGACAGCUGAGGAGGUGAUUCCCCACUAUGCCCAGCAGCUUAGGGAGUGUGUGCAGCCUGACAUGAUUACGCUUGGCAGCCUUUCACUGCAGCAGCAAGCAGCUCAGAAGGGAUCACUAAAGAGAUGUAAAUGGGCAAAGAGAAAGAAGAGUCUAAUGGCCUUCACUGGAAAUGUUAAGGAGCCCCAUACACAAAGACACAAUGAUGAGGGAUCAAGAGAAGCGCCACCACCCAGACCGAAUACACUGACGCAAUGCACCAAAACCGUGAAAAGCCCAUCACUCAGAGUACUAGGAGAAGGUGAUGAUGAAGCAGUGGCCACGUUUGGCCAGAUGACAGAGCUCCGGGAAUCCUCCUCUUCAGCAUCACAGCCCCUGUGGCAGGUGAACCAGAACACAACUCCCCAGCCUGUGGAGGUGUAUGUGCGCUGCCUAAGAGCUACUAGAGACAAGUUGCCCAGGGGCCUCUACACUGUCAGCGUGGCCCUUCACAGCCAUCUGGGUGGCUCAGCUGUGGCUUGUUCUAGUAAAAAAGAGCGUCAACAAUGGUCUGUGUCCACAGAGCCGACUCAGCACGGAGGUCGCGUCCACGACAUUGACCUAUGCUUUAACCAGAAGUUGUUCAUGAUCUUACCCACAGCCCAUGAGGUCAUCCCAUCCAUGGUCCUCAUAUUCCAACUGACUGCAUUACCAGGAGAAAGCAGCCACAUCAGCUCUGUACUGGGCUGGGGGGCAUUUCCGGUUUGUGGCCUGAGCCUAGGUCUGGUCCAGGGCAGGUUCAAAACCCCUCUUCUGAGGGGCGAGCCCAACACACAGCUGGACCAGUUUAAAAAAAUUGAAGGCCUCAUCUCUUCAGAUCUUGAUCACUGGCUCUGCAACCUGUACUUUCAGAUAAAGAAGCUCCCAUCUGAAGCAUCUGGGGUGCCAGAACACUGCAUCACUGUAUCAACAUCCCCUCCCAAUCCCCCCAUCAUGCCCCAACUUGAGGUUCAUCAUGACCAACCCCAGGAGCAACUGCCACUCCAGUCUGAACUGCCAUCCCAGCUCCAGCUCUGCCCUCAGCCUAAGCAUUCCCAGUCCCAGUCAUACCACCACCCACAGCAGCUACAUGCAGGCCCCAGCAGAAGCAGAGCAGAAGAGUCGGCUGUGGUACAUUCUCACUGGGGGUCUCCUCUCCACCUCUCAGCGGAUUCUGCUGGUUCUUCUUCAUCUCUUCCAGGGAAGAAGUCUCCCUCAGGAGCCAUUUCUGGAAACAUGAGAGAAAAAGAUCUAUGUAGGGGGACAGCAGAGGGUGGGAUUCACUACAAGAAGAAGCCAAUCAAGAAGACAAAUAGCUGUGGCCCCAGCAUGAGCGGCAGCAGCGCACCGCCUCUGCAGGCAGACAAACAGAAGAUGCAGUCUUCAACGGAGAACCUCUCAACGGAGGAGAUGGAGGAGUAUACGUUCUCCCUAAAACCAGCACUGACUGGACUUGGUUCCUGCCACUCACACCUGUCUGACCGAGCGCGCCUGGCCCUCCACAUGCUGCCUUCCGAGCUGGGCCUGUCAUUGUCAUGGCAACAACAACAGCCACGUACUAGCUGGUGCGGCUUCGUUCGGCAGCUUGGCCUCAUUAUACUGCUGCUGGCUUUGAUGUGGUUUGUGAGGCUCUACCUGCAUUACUGCAGCCAGUGGCUCUACCUCCAGGCCAUAGCAGUUCCUGUCAACAAAUUCCAGUUCCAUGCACACACAGUGGACCUCAUAUACCAGAGUUCUUUGCUCCACACUCGGGAGGAGCUGGCCAUGGUGGUGGUGGGUCCCAUGACCUUGAACGUCGUAACGUUCCUGCUAGUUCUGAUCAGAUGGGGCUGUCAACAGAUAUUUGGCUCACUCCCUUCCUUCAUGUCAAAGUUUAUCAUGGCUCAGGGAGUGUGGACAGUCCUCGACCCUCUGGCAGUCUUUGCAGUGGACGCCAUCCUCGGGCAUCUCACCUACAGCCCAGACACACCAGUGGGUGACGCAGCCAAGCUUUAUUGGCACUUCUAUCAAGUUGACCAGUCAGGUGCAGCAGGGGUGAUCAUCACUCUCUUCCUUUAUGCUGUCCUAUUCCUGCUCUCCAUCACCAUCCUCUCCAUUUACCUGCUCAGAUUCCACAAUGAGGGUCGCAUGCUGGAUGUCUUUCAGCGGCUGACAGCCAAGGAGGGGAUGUACUUCCUGCCUGAAGAUCUAGAGCUGUCCAAUCAGGAACUGAGCUAUAUUGUUAAGAAGGCUGAGCAGUGGAGAGGCUUCAAUGGGGAGAGGCGCAAGGUGGCAGUUUAUGACUAUAUGUGGAGAGCAGAGGACCCUUUUCCAAGCUCUGCAGCACCCAGUGAUGACACCCCAUUGCCCACAUCGGAGGGCGAGACCAGUACACAUGUGGCAAUCUACAAUCUGUAUCUGAGUGGACAGAGACAAAGAUACAGGCACUUCCUACGACAACCUGACGGAGCUAUCAUUGAGGUGAUUGGCAACAUAGAGGGGGUGAACAACACUGCCAGGAUGAUGCCCUGCCCAGGCUGGGGAUCUGCCAGUCAAAGAGAGGACAAGGAAGGUGCAAGUGCUCAGCAUAAGCUACGGAAGCGAAAGAAACUCUUUGGGCGGUCCCAUCGUGUUGAACCAUUAGGAGGGAGUGGGUGUGGCUCCAGUUUUGCACUGCAGGACCUCAACCAGUGACUGAAAAAGUAGAGAAGGAUAGUUGAACCAUUAUGUAAGUCAUAUGUGUCUUACAGGUUAAGUUGUUUCCCCAAACCAUUUCUCGACUCUGUCAUUAAUACUUCUAAUUUAGUACUGUUACAUUUCGUGUUAUAAAAACACACUUGAUGUAUUAUUAGUAUUUAAAUUGAAUGCUUCCUUCUGUUUUGUUUGCUGCCUUUAUCCUGGAAUGGCAUUCCUCUUGCAAAAGGAGGAGCGCAGGGCAAUGAUUCUUCUAUUGUAUAUAUCAUUAGGAUUUACUGGGAGAGAUCAUAAGUUAAGUCAUAGCUUCAUAUACGUUGAUCAUUAUACAGUAAAUUGUGUCCGUAAAGUAGAAAGGGCAUAGUAAUAAUGUGGAUUAAAUUGAAAAACUAUUUCAAGUUAAUCCUAUUUAUAUUAAUUUGUGUAAUAUAUAGUGUUUCUUUGUUCCACCUUCUUGUGCUUAUGUCUGGCCAGACAAGUAUAAAUGUUCUCCUUUUCUGUCUUUGUGAG